ACGCUACACGCCUGGUUCCUUCGCAUAAAUAACGUCGUUUCAUUCCAUCGCUUCUUCCUCUCAUCUCUCUCUGGGCUUCUCUUUUUCCUCUUCGACCUCACUGCUUAUGCUCACAUAAUCGAUUUCGUUCGAGAUUAGUUGCUAGCUUUACUCUGUUGCGCCUGGGAAUAGACAGAGCGAUGUUUGGUUCUCCCAACCCUUUUGGGCAACCGUCUACCAGCCCUUUUGUAUCUCAACCAGUCUUUGGGCAGACUGCCAACGCAAGUAAUAAUCCUUUUGCACCGAAGCCCUUCGGCAGUACAUCCCCAUUUGGCUCACAGACAGGAAAUACAGUAUUUGGUGGUACAUCAACCGGUGUGUUUGGGGCAGCCCAAUCUUCUUCCCCCUUUCCUUCCAACACAACAUUUGGCGGUUCAUCGUCACCAGCUUUUGGAGCUACUCCAUCCACUUUUGGAGCAUCGUCAACUCCUGCUUUUGGUAGUUCAUCAUCUUCAUCAUUUGGAGGUUCUUCCAUUUUUGGGCAGAAGCCCCUAUUUGGAGGCUUUGGAUCUACUCCCACUCAAACAAAUCCAUUUGGAAAUACAAACCAGCAAUCUCAGCCAGCAUUUGGAAGCAAUGUCUUUGGUUCCACAUCACCUUUUGGCGCCCCUAGUCAAUCUGCAUUUGGAGCUACUAGCACUCCUGCCUUUGGCGCUACAAGCACCCCUGCCUUUGGCGCCACAAGCACCCCAGCUUUCGGCGCCGCGAGCACUCCGGCAUUUGGUGCCACAAGCACCCCAGCUUUUGGGGCCACAAGUACUCCAGCCUUCGGUGCAACCAGCACCCCAGCUUUUGGUGCUGCAAGCACCCCAGCCUUUGGCGCUACAAGCACUCCUGCCUUUGGUUCAACAAGCACUCCUGCCUUCGGUAGUACUGGGAAUGCAUUUGGUUCAAUAAGCACCCCUGUUUUUGGAUCUGGUGGUGGUUUUGGUGCUUCUAGUACUCCUGCUUUUGGAGCUUCAAGUACUCCUGCUUUUGGGGCUUCAAGUGCUCCUGCUUUUGGGGCUUCAAGUGCUCCUGCUUUUGGAGCUUCUAGCACUCCAUCCUUUAGCUUUGGGUCCACUCCAGCGUUUGGCCAGUCUACUUCUGCAUUUGGUAGUAGCACUUUUGGUACUAAUACAUCUCCUUUUGGAGCCCAGACCUCUCCUUUUGGAGCACAGUCUACAUCUGCAUUUGGGACCAGUGGUUUUGGGCAGGCUGGUUUUGGUGGUCAGCGUGGUGGCAGUAGAGUAGCUGCAUAUACACCAACAACUGAGCCCGAUGCUGGAAGUGGCAGUUCACAAGCAGCUGGAAAGUUGGAGUCUAUAUCAGCCAUGCCUGUUUACAAAGAUAAAAGUCACGAAGAGUUGAGAUGGGAGGAUUAUCAAUCGGGAGACAAAGGUGGACCUCUUCCAGCUGGUCAGUCUGCUAGUAGUGGUGUUGGCUUUGGUGUUUCUAAUGCACAGCCUAACCCUCUAGCUUCUUCAACAUUUAAUCAAUCAUCAAGUCCAAAUCCUUUUUCUACGGCCACAUCAACCAAUCCAUUUGCCCCUAAAUCUUCUGGUUUUGGUGCUUUUGGACCUUCAACGACGUUUUCAUUUAAUUCUUCAGCAUUUGCUCCUUCCUCUUCAUCAAACCCCUUUGCAUCGACAACAGCAGCAUCAACAUCCUCUUUCCUACCAUCAACAACCUCUCAAUUUGGAAGCUCAUCUCUAUUCAGUUCAUCUAACGCUCAACCCCUUGCCUCACAGUCUGCUUUUAGUUCAACUACAUCUCCAGGAACAAAUCUUACCUUUCCAUCCAGCUUAAAUUUUAGCAAUACUCAAACAUCUUCCCUUUUCCAAUCCACAACACCUUCAAUUGGGCAGACAGGUUCAGCCUUUGGUGCUCCCUUUUCACAAUCCAGCUUGUUUCGUCAACCUUCGUCUGGGGUUGGAGGGAAUCUUUUCUCAAGCUCGCCAUCACUCCUAACUUCAAGCAAUCCGAUGGGUUUUGGUCAAACAUCUGGCUCUUUCUCUAUGCCUUUUCAACCGGCACAAGCACAAGCACAGGCACCCACUUCCUUUUUUAGCAACCUGGGUCAGGCUCAACCAAUUGGUUCAAGUGGGUUUGCAGGAACUUCAAGCAUGUUUGGCCAGAAUAACUUUGGGCAAUCGCCUAUCACCCAAAGCCCCGCAGUACAACCAGCACCUGCUACAAAUCCGUUUGGGACACUCCCUGCAAUGCCACAUAUGUCAAUUAGCAGACCAGGAGCAGCACCUUCGAUUCAAUAUGGAAUUUCCAGCAUGCCGGUUGUUGAUAAAGCGGCUCCUGUUAGAAUAUCAACUUUCUUGACGCCUCGCCACCUAUCUAACAGACGGAUGAGAUUGCCUGUGAGAAAAUAUAAUCCUAAGAAUGAUGGCAGUCCCAGGGUUCCAUUUUUCAGUGAUGAUGAAGAAACACCAAGUACACCAAAGGCCGAUGCUCUUUUUAUUCCCAGAGAGAAUCCUAGAGCUUUGGUUAUUCGUCCCACUGAUCAGUGGCCUUCAAGAGCCAGUUUAGAGAAAGCAUUGCCAUCAAAGGAUACUUCAGUGCGUGAAAAUGGGAAGAUUGCUGAAGAUGCUUCCUCCUCGGCUGUCAACAAUUCGAAGGAUACCAAUGGAAAUGUUGUUGAGAAUGGUACCUGCAAAGACAACAUUCAUGUUAACAAAGUAAACCAAAAACCUAACGGUGUCCAUGAGGACCACCCUGCUUCAAAGGAAGACUGUUAUAGGACAUUUGGAGGGUACAGAGCUGGUGAGGCUGCCAUUGUUUAUGAACAUGGGGCAGAUAUUGAGGCAUUAAUGCCAAAGCUCCGACAUUCAGAUUAUUAUACCGAGCCGAAAAUUCAAGAAUUAGCUGCCAAAGAAAGGGCCGAACCUGGGUUUUGCCGCCGUGUGACAGAUUUUGUGGUGGGUCGCCACGGUUACGGAAGCAUCAAAUUCUUUGGUGAAACAGACGUGCGAAGGCUGGAUCUAGAGUCCAUUGUUCAAUUUAACAAUCGCGAAGUGAUCGUGUACCUAGAUGAGAGCAAGAAGCCCCCUUGCGGGCAGGGUCUGAAUAAGCCAGCUGAAGUAACAAUACUGAACAUCAAAUGCAUCGACAAGCAAAGCGGGAAUCAGUAUACGGAAGGGCCGAAAGUAGAGAAAUACAAGGAGUUGCUAAGGAAGAAGACGGAGGGUCAAGGUGCGACGUUCAUAUCCCACGACUCAGUGAAAGGGGAAUGGAAGUUCAGGGUUGAACAUUUCAGCAGGUAUAACAUGGAGGAAGUUGAAGAUUGGGAAUGAGUGUGUUCAUGGUUGCCUGGUCUGUACUUUAGUUGAUUUUGUGUUGAAUGAAUGGUUUGAAAUGUGUGUGUGUAAAGAAGUAUGUACAAGUAAGGAAGGAAGAGGUAAGUUUUGUUUUUAGGAGUCUGUAUUGGGCAUUCAAGGUUGGUUGGUUGGUUUCUAUUCUAAUUCAGUGUUAGUGUUAUAUGUUUUAAAGGAUUUGUUACUGAAUAUUGAUGUAAGCUUACAGAUUGUUCUUUUAAUAUUUUCAAUUAGAUAGAUACUUAGGUCCCCAAAA